AUGGGGUACGGAAACCGGCUCCUACUGUUGAUCGGCUCUGGUCCUGGUCUUGGACGUGCAGUCGCCUCAUGCUUUGCUCAGCGAUACUUCGAUCGCAUCGCCUUGAUCGCCCGAAAUGCUGAGCAGUUGCAAAAGGAUGGCUUAGCUGUGGAGGAAGCAGCCGCCAGUUUCCACCGGGAGGUGGUCGUCCAAACAUGGCAGCUUGACGUCUGCGACAUCGAACGGCUAGAAGAAGCCUUGAAGGAGAUCGACCAGUUUGGAAACUUGGAGUGCGUGUAUUAUAACGCCGCGCGCGUUGGGCCCAGUCUGUUCUUCACAGCUAGGACUGAAACCAUCGAGGCUGACUGGCAGGUAACCAACCUCGCUCUAUAUGUAACAGCGCGGUGGGCAAUGCCCAUCCUACUCGACAAGUCCCGGGCACUGCCCGACUGGAAGCCUUCGUUUCUGGUAACCAGCAGCGCUCUACCCGUCGACCCGAUCCCACAGCUCUUCUCCCUGUCCAUGGCCAAAGCCGCGCAGGCCAACAUGGUCAAGUCGCUGGAGAAGACCUAUACCCACCUCGGGAUACACAUUGGUCUAGUCGUGGUCGGUGGUGCUAUGUCUGACAACGCACUUAUCUCGCCGACACUCGUUGCGGAACAGGCAUGGCUGCUCUUCGCGCAGAACCGUGAAAGCUGGACGACGCAGGUAACUAUUCGGGAGGACCUGACUGUCGAUUGGGACGAGACAAUCUGA